AUGAUUUCAUUUUUCAGUAAAAAGGAUGGCCCAAUGAUGUAUUCAUUGGUAUAUCUAGAAAUCAUUUAUGUUGAAUUCAUAAACUACAUUCUUUUUGGUCUUUCAAUAGGAGGGGAGUGCUUUUGCAAUGCUGAGACUUUACAAUACUUGAAAAAUUUGAUUGCAUUCAUAAAUAUAACAAUUAUUCCAGUGGUAGAAUCGAGCAUCGAAUAUCCUAGUGGAUGUUUAGGCUAUCCCUCGAGGAUUGAUCCAAUGUGUUUGAAUAAAUGCAUGUUAAAUUAUCCACCUAGGGAUUUGUAUGGUUGUUUCUCUGCUAUGACGGAUUAUUUAUAA